UCCAGGGAAUAGUACUCGAUAUAUUGACCAAUGGGAAAGUGAAAUUCAUCCGGAAUCAGCCAAUGGAAACUUUGCUUUUAUCACGGUGUGGUAAGGAGAUGGAAACUCUUCAUAUCACGUGAAGAUUAGUGAAUAAUUUAUUUAACAUCCGUUCAGUAACCAAGGCGAACAACAAAGAAUGAACCGUGAAAAAUAUCUUUAUUAACUUUAUUAUGCGUAGUCAUAUCCCAUUAGUGAGAUGAGCAUAAAUAGAGACUUAAAUCCGCGCAAAUGUGGAUGACAGCCCGUGAGUGACAGUGACCUUUGGGGCGAAAUUAAAUGAAAUAUCAUGAAGCGUGGAGAGCAGUGGCAGCCCCGGCGCGGAGCAAUACAGGGGCGGGCGGCGGUGGCGGGGGACGGUGUGACGCUGUGACGGGGCUCUGACGUGGACCCUGACGUAGCUGCUCAUCUUCCAGUAGGAGUUCGAGUUAGCGUCCCGACUGUCGACGUAACGGCCAGUGGGACGAAGACAAAAUGCAGGUUGCUGACCGUACCGUCCGCUUUGCUGUGGAGACCGUGAGUGUGGCUCGGCUGUGGGCCAAGGCUGGCACUACGGUACAGAAUACGGUAUGGAUGGAUGGCGUGGAUGGCGGAGGGUCGGGCGGCGGCGGUGGAGGGUCAUCCGCCAGCGACCCCCUCGCCACGGUAAGCAGCGAGGGCAGCGGGGGCGGGGCCAGCGGCGGGGGAGCCACAGCCAUCCCCGCCGUAUCCACAGUCUACGUCACCAUACCCCAGGCAGGCACCAUCGUCUCCGGGGGCUCCAAGAGUAUUCAGAGUGUGAUCCAACAGCCUACACAGCCAAGUGUCAUCCAGAGCACAGCCCUGCAAACAGUACAGAUCUCUAAAGGAAAUGUUAUUCUUCUAAAACAGCCUUCUCAGCCCUCAAACUCAGUCAUUCAGUCAGCAGGCGGAGGAACUCUGCAGACAGUUCAGGUUUUAGACGCGAGUGAAGAUCAAGAAUCUUCACGUAAACGUCAAAUACUGGCUCGCCGGCCUUCAUACCGCAAGAUUCUUAAUGAAUUAGGUGGAGGAGAAAUAUCAGACAAGGGCGACGCAGGUAGCUCAGACUCCUCCCAAGACGAGCCAACGGGGACCGUGACCAUUGGGGGUCAGCAGUACCAGACAGCAGGUUUGUUGAAAGUUCUACCUGCUGGUGGGUUACAGCUGACAAGUCAAGGGGGUGACGGUCUCCAGACCCUCGCCAUGACCAAUGCAGCCACAGCUGGGGGGGCCAUCGUCCACUAUGCCCAGGGCUCAGACCCACAGUUCAUUGUCCCAGUUGCUGCUGGGGACUUGAGUGGCUUGAAGAUAGCCACCAGCUCCAGCACUGGCCUGACCCAAGGAGUUGUGUUGGCAACGUCCGCCUCUACUGGUGUUCACGGCUCAGGGGACCAGAUGGCAGAGGAAGCAUCACGAAAGAGAGAAAUCAGACUAAUGAAAAACAGGGAAGCAGCAAGAGAGUGUAGAGCUAAAAAGAAAGAAUAUAUUAAAUGCUUGGAAAACAGAGUUGCAGUGUUAGAAAACCAGAACAAGGCAUUGAUUGAAGAAUUGAAAACUCUGAAGGCUCUGUAUUGCCAAAAUAGUUGAUGUCCAAGCAUAAGUGAAAGUUCUCCACCUGAGCUGUGUCACAGGUUAUCCUCUGCAGUGAUGAAGCUUGAGGUAGUCCUAUAGUCAAAGGAAGGCUUGAUAUAGUGAUGCCAUGAUGACAAAGCUCACUUAAGCUCAUGUCCAUCUGCUGGAAUUCUACAAGAGUUUCAGCUAUCCAAGACUGUUGACGGUUUAUUUAAAUGUUAUUAUAUAACUUGGUCACCACAUUGUAGGUGGCAGACAAAGCUGCUGGCUGUGCUGAACUAAGUAUAAUGCAGGAUGAGUGUACUGUGUACAGAUAUCCUAGCUUAGGAGACUAACUUUCUGUGGUCAAAGCUAUGGUGCAUUAUUGAGGAACCCUUAUACACAUCCACUGUUCAGCUCUGAAAGAAAAUGAAGAAAUAGGUAAUUUGUUGCUGUGUGCUUGAAUUAUCAGGCAGUGUUGAGAUCCAAGCUAUCAAGUAAGGAGAGUUUCGGAGAGACUAGCUUCUUCAUUCAGGCAGCAGUGGUUGUGUUGGAGACCCAAAAGAAGCACUCAUAGGGAAAGUAAAGUCUUUGGAAGAUUUGUACUGCCACAAAAGCAGAGUAGAGUAAGAGAAUCACUAUUUGUGAUAGCGUGACAUGAUGCUUUUCAUCAUAAAUUGUCAUGUUUUGUGGUCAACUUCUGAGAAGUCAUGACCUACCAGAGAAGUGUCCUUGUACUGAGCUAACCUCAAGUCCUUGAGGAUAAUUGAGUAAUGUUCCAGUGUCUUGACAACCGUAGUAGAAGGCUGCAGUAAUCUGGUGAUGCCAGCUUUGUGAUUAAUUUCUCGUUGUUUAAUUGUCCAUUACCUUAUGAUUGUUAGGGACGGGUACUGGUACUGCUGCUCAAACCUUUGCUGGUCACUUUAUUAAAUAUUUGUGGAAAUAAUUUUUCACAACUGAAUUUAAUGUAAUGUAACUAUUAGUUUCGAGAUAAACCACAGCUAAAUUCAAUGUAAUUUAACAAAAAGUCCUGAGAUAAUCCACUUUGAAAAUAUGUGCUCUUAAUAAUUAUGAAGGCAGAGGUAUGGCAGACCUGCAGACUGACACAUUAUGAGGUACUGUGUAAUUAAAUUAUAUUGUGUAUUUUGUAGACUUGUUACCUGAUGUGCAUCUGUAUUUCUGGCCAACUGGUACAGCAAACUUGUAUAAUACUAGACCCAGUGCAACUGGGUCUUUUUAAAGUUUCAUUGGAAUAAGGGCUUCUGUGAUGAAAAAAUUAUCAAUUUAAAAAUGUUUCACUUAUUUAAUUUAAAUAUUCAUAUUGGCACUGAUCCUAUUUAACACUAAAAAAUUCAUCAAAAAGUGUGGCUAGUCAGUCCUGGCAAGUUGAUUAGUUCAUCACACUCAAAGAGAAUGUUGAAAGGUAUAUCCGGUGCAUUGCCAAGUGUCAGCCGAGAGAAAGUGUGUCCUGUUUGUAAAAUGAUUAUAAUUAUUGUAAAAUUAUUUUUGUAUGUGAUGGUAGUUGCAAAAGCCCCAUUAUUUUACUAAUUAUAUAUUGACAUGAUUAUUUAAGUGUUCAGUGUUCUAUAAUUUGGCAUUUGAAGAGGCUCUCCAUAAGUGUUCAUUAUGAGUGAUGAUCUAAAGCUCUAUGACUUGAUCUGAAAGAAUUCAAUGCUGUUGAAAAUAUAAGCCAUUAUUUUUAAUGUAACUGUGUUUGUGUUUGCUGGGAUUCACAACUAAGGUUAUGAAUCCUGAGGAAAUGAAUAAUUAUGUUGACAGGCAGUCAUUAAGCAUUUGCCUCUUGCCUUAACUGAUCACACUGGUCAUGUAAUUAUUUACAACAUGCAUUUACCAGCAUUCAACACUAAGACCUACACUUAAUGUUUGUGUGUGCCUGAACCAUUCCAACAUUGUUUAUACAGAUGUCUUUGCAUCACCACUCAAGCAUUAUCAAAAGUUUUGGGCUUCAUUCCAGGCUGUUUACUGUUGCUUUUUAUGGUUGAUAUAUCGUACAAAUUUUGGUUUGGAGACAUUAAUUUUAACCUGAAACACCAGAAUAUAUAUAUAUAUAUAUAUAUAUAUAUAUAUAUAUAUAUAUAUAUAUAUAUAUAUAUAUAUAUAUAUAUAUAUAUAUAUAUAUAUAUAUAUAUAUAAAAUACACACACACACAACCCUUGAAUUCCCGGAUUAAUGGAGGGAACACCUGUCCAGGAACCACAAAAAUCCGGGAAUCGGAAAUCGUUCCAGUCCGUGGAAAUUGCCCAUUCACAGAGGUUCAAAUACUCAGUCCGGUAAUCGUAAUUAUUCAGGACCUGCCUGGGACUUUCAUCAGUCCAGCACAUUUAAGCAGCACAUCCAAGAGAGUAACUAAAACAAUAAUGUGCACAGUAUGAUAUACACCUCAAAAUGGUGGACACUUUGUGACUGCCACCAAACAGUGUGUUAUUUGUCAGCAUGUAAUGCAAAUCUUAAAACAGACUUGCAUUACAUACUAACAAAGGACGCACUGUUUGGUGGCAGUCACGAAGUGUCCACCAUUUUGGGGUUCAUGUCAUACCAUGCGCAUUAUUUUAUAAUAAAUACCUUUUAUAAAAUACACGUAAUAAAAACAUAAAUGGGGAAUAAAAAUGAUCAUAACUACAUGCAGCUGCUAAUUGUAAACAAUCAAGAAAAUGUCACAGGAAGCAGCUUAUUGAACCCAUUGUGAACAUUUCAUUGAAGACAAACUUUAAGGAAGCAAAUUACAAAUUCACAAAUAGCAAAUAAAAUUUAAGGAAUUCAACAACUCUGAAGAUGACUAUGCAGCUUAGUGCAUUAGUGAACCCAUUGUGGAGGCGACAUGACAAUCACUGGUGACGCGAAAAACAACAGGCUGCCACCUAGUGAGUAUUGUUAUGGUUCCAUGGCCUAUCCAGUCCCCCAAAACACUGAAAAAGGUGUUGCAGACAUUGACCAAGGGAAGGAAUCUACAUUGCCAGACAUUUGUUUCAAUAACCAGACUUGGCAAGGCAAGUGUCCGUCAACUGUCAGAUUUAGCAGAACCCCAGAUUUUUUACAUGGAUUCUAUUUCAGUUCCCAGACUUGACUGGGCAUAUGUUUGACAAUUGCCAAACCCGAAUUUUGUCCUGGAGAGUCAAUAUCUGGGAAAUCGAGGGUCGAGUGUUAACAGUAAACCCUUGCUUUUAUGGACCUCGAUGUAACAAAUUUAAGCUUUAAACAAACUUUUUAGGGCCAGUCCAGUAUAUGCAGGGAGUUCAGUAAGUGUGAGGUUUGGGUUGGUGGUGAACUGGCCAAGCAUGUACAUUCACAUCAGUUGGCAGUGGUAUGGACAGUGUCGACCUGCCCAUGCCCGUCUAGUCAGUCUAGCUUUGUCCACCCGACUGUAAACACUAUCGCUCUCGUCCUUUUGUGCCUCACCUUUCUACUAAUAGACUGAACAAACUACAUUAUAUAUGGAAAUGGCACACUUUCAGCCCAUACAACAAACAAGUUCAUUAUGUGAAAAGUUUGGCUGUCAAAUUUUUGGAUAUAACAUCAUCCCCUUCCCCUCACUUGGAUUGUUAAAGCGAGGGUAUACUGUGUGUGUACAUGCAUGCAUGCAUGCAUGCAUAUAUAUAUAUAUAUAUAUAUAUAUAUAUAUAUAUAUAUAUAUAUAUAUAUAUAUAUAUAUAUAUAUAUAUAUAUAUAUAUAUAUAUAUAUAUAUAUAUAUAUAUAUAUAUAUUAUUUUUUUUUUUUUACAAGUGAAGUUGAAUCAGUGACGACUAUGACUUUUGCAUGAAUUUAUAAGAAUGAUUUGACUUCCACAAUUUGACAAUGGAUUAAUAUUAUGCUUUUCAAAGUAUCAAGACAUAACACACACACACACACACAACUUGAAGUGUGCAGUAUAGUGCGGUUCACAAAAUAACUAAAUAUAGUACAGAAAGCAACAGUUAAUGCCUGUUAAAAUCCUAAUUUUGCCAAUUAUUGAUUGUUAAACUGCUUUCUUGCUGGCCAAAAUUAUUGGACACUGAAUUUAGUUCUUUGACCGAAAAUUACAUCAGAACAAUGUAUGAAGAGCUUUUUCUAUGUUGACAAUUAUAAUUUUUCACAAUGUAUCACAAAUUUGUAAUUUUUGUACUUAAAAGUGACAAAGCUUAAAUUUUUCCUGUUACUUUUAACCUCUAUCUUGCCUCUGCAGGAUUUGGGGGGUCAGUGAUGACGAGAACCUUUAAAGAAAUUUAUAUGAAUGCGAUUUGACUUCCCAAAGUGUGAAAACAAUAUAUCUAUUAAGUCUCAUCUCAGGUGGUAAUCAAACUGUAUUACUUUCUAACCCAGUUCAUUGCUAAUUUGUGACUGUACUCAAAGAUUUGCACUGCUGCCUGAAUACCAUUGACUGGAAUGUACAUUUGUCACGGAUUCCCUACUUGUACCUGUCUGAAAAGCAGUCCAUGGCAAAUAAACUUGCUCUUUUUUAUUUUGAGAGGUAAACUGCUUAUAUUAGAACAUUUGCACCGAAGUUUAAUGAUCUUGAGAGUUUUUGUAGCUAUCUACAGACAGUCAUUUUCUUAAAGGAACCAAUGCUAGUGUGGCAUGUUUAAAUAUUUCAUACAUGCUAUUUGCUCAUAUCCUGUACUUUAUAGUGCACUUUUAAGCAAAGGUGUUGAAAAAUGAUUGUUCUAAGAUUGGCUUUAAUUUUGUGGAUAUUUGUAUAUAUUAUACACACCUGUGUUUGGCUGUGUUCCAAACAAGAACGUACCAUAAUGUCAAAUAUGUAUUUUUGAAAACUAAACUGUUGUUGAAUCAUAGAA